GCGAGUCGAGUCCCCAGCCAUAUGGGAGUGAGGUGUUGACGUGAUCGCAGCUGUACCAGACUUGUGCAUCAUCCGAUCCACGGCCAUCAUGAACAUCCUGAGGUUGGGGAGAGAACCUCCGUCCCUUUACCACUGGACUGUCGUGCUGCUAGUGCUGGCCGCGGCUCUGUCUGCCCUGGGAUUCUCGGCUCAGGCCACUUCAGCAUUUGGACUUGACGGUACGAGACCGGAUCCGUCCUGGAAAGUUCUUCCAAACGGCGGCCUCUCGCGGGAACAGCCCCCGUCGCGUCCGGAGCAGAUCUGGGACAACCCUCUCCUCCGGCCGGCGUUCGACAACACGACGGAGACCAACAUCGUCACCUCGACAGGACGCGUCGCCUACUUGCACUGCCGGGUCAACCACCUCGGGAACAGAGUGGUCACAUGGCUUCGGAAGCGCGACGCCCAUGUGCUAACCUCAGGCCUGUUCUCGUACACGAACGACCAGAGGUUCACCGCCCUGCACGCCGAGGGCUCGCCUGACUGGGUCCUCAAGAUAACCUACCCGCAGACGAGAGACUCCGGCAUCUACGAGUGCCAGGUGUCGACGGAGCCCAAGAUAUCGAGGUUCUACACCCUCAACGUCGUGGAGUCUGUUGCUGUGAUAGAAGGGUCUCGUGAUAUCCACAUGAGUGCUGGUAACACACUCAACCUCACCUGCUCUACAACCGUACGUGGGGACCUCCCAACUUACUUCUACUGGUACCACAAUGACAAGGUAGUCCAGUACACCGGCAAGAAGGACGUGUCGGUGCAUACGGCGGACGGAAGGACCCAGCUCGUGGUGAGGGACGUUGGCCCAAAGCACUCCGGGAACUAUACCUGCGCCCCCGAAAACGCCGCCCCCGCCACCGUCACGGUCUUCGUGCUCAGCGGUGAGUCGCCUUCGAGGGCUUCGAGGGACUUUGGUGUCAACUGUAUAUAUGCUUAG